ACGUCCACAAUAAACUACACCGUUGCCAAUCUGUCACCAUGGCGGCUCAUAUUAAACACCAACCCCAACCCCAACCCCAACCCCUUCUUCUCUCUCACUCUCACUCUUACCUUUCUUCCCUCAUCACCACCACUCCUCCGCCCAAUCCCCACUUCAUUUUCCGGUGAAGCCCACUCACCUAGCUAAUCACUAUUUCUAGCACAACACAUACCAAAUUAUAUUAUAAUAUAUUGACCACCCAGAUUUAAUUUCACUCCAACUCAUCAUGUAUAACCGGAGAUUCAACAGCCAACCAUUAUAUGUGGCUGACCCAGAUGAGCUCGAGCCCACCUCAGAAACUGGGCCUACUUCUCCCUCUUCCGGUGAAGACACUAAAACUGAAGCACCAUCGCCAAAGAAAAGGAGGGAGAUGAAGAAGAGGGUGGUAACAAUACCGAUCGGUGACGUGGAUGGAUCUAAGAACAAAGGAGAGACAUAUCCACCGUCUGACUCAUGGGCCUGGAGGAAGUACGGUCAGAAGCCCAUCAAAGGCUCCCCUUAUCCAAGGGGAUAUUACCGAUGCAGCAGUUCGAAGGGGUGUCCCGCAAGGAAGCAAGUUGAGAGAAGCCGCGUGGACCCCACAAAGCUCAUUGUAACCUACGCUUACGAACACAACCAUUCACUUCCACAUCCAAAAUCCCAUUCCUCCGCCGCUUCCGCUGCCCCACGCGACGGCGCUGUUGCCUCCCCCGCCGAAUCCGCCGCCAGGCUUCCGCCGGAGGAUCUCACGGUGUUCGUUACCCAUUCCGACCUCGAACUCGCCGGCGACUCUGCGGUUCUGCUUAGCCACCACCACCACGCCGAGUUCGGAUGGUUCGAUGACGUGACCUCCACUGGCGUCCUUGAAAGCCCGAUCUGCGGGGAGGUGGAGGACAUGGCGAUGACGAUGAGGGAGGAGGACGAGUCGCUCUUCGCCGAUCUCGGCGAGUUGCCGGAGUGUUCGGCGGUUUUCCGGCGAAAGAAUAUUCCGAGAGACAGCGCGAUUCGGUGCGGCGGCAUCACAGGAUAACGUUGCUGGACCUUUUUCAUUUGUCCAGCGUUGCAUAGUGAUAUUGUAUUCACGGCCUGAAAAUCGUGCGCUGUUAAAAUAUUUGAAAGUAAAGAGAUAAUUUAAAAAUAAAUUAAUUUACAAUUCAUGAAUUUCGUUUUCUUGCUUUGUACAUUUGAAUAAACGAUUAAUUAUACAAGGUUAUCGCUUUUGCAGAUUUGAU